AAUUUCUUUACUAUUCUGUAUUGCGACGUGAAGCUGCUCGUUAUUUUUGUUAAGUGAGGAAUCUGCAACUUUCAACUUCAUUUAAAAUGUCUGACUCCGAAUGUUCAGUAUACACGCGCACGCCCUCACCUGAACCGAAGAAGAUUGCUACAAAGAAUAUCAAGAAAAGGAAAUCAUCCUCAGCCGCAAGGUCCGAAGUUGAAACAGAAAAUCGACGGGUACUACAUUCAUCCUCACCAACACCUUGCGCGCAAAAGAAAAAAACAACCAAAAAAGCACGAACGUCAACCAGUGAAAAUAAGAAUGUUGGCUCUAGUUCUUCCAAAAAAUCGCCUGAAACCGAUAUCUUCAAAAUCAUAAGAGAAGAAGAGAAGAUCACCAGCGAGGGCAGUUCGAAAACCGUCAAGACAACAUCAUCGUUUACCAGCCGCGUAUCGACAGGUUCUAGUCGACGCACUACGAUAACAGACUAG